ACCGGUCAGAAGUUCAAUUUUGUCUGUUAUCCCUGGCCAUGCAAAGAGGUAUAUACCUCGAGCAGUGCAACUGAACAUCCCAGCACCCUUAAGCCAGAUGUACAAGCCCCAGCACAGGUCACUGUCACACCAAGAACUGCAGGCAAAGAGUGAGGAAGUGUUCACAGGGUUAAGCAUAGCAGAAGAACAGUGCCGUGUCAUAGAAAAUGAGACAAUACCACAGGCAAAAUGUGCCAUGUGGUUUGACCAGAAGGCAGGAAGGGUGACUGCGUCAAACAUCCGAGCAGCCUGCCACACGGACCCAGACAAACCAGCUGUUUCCCUGCUGAAGAAACUGUGCUAUCCAGUGGCCUACAAGGACCCAAACAACAAUACACCACACUCUCUCAGAUGGGGCACUGAACACGAGGGAACGGCAGUUGAGGAGUACACCAAAACAAUGGAGAGCCACCACACCAACCUCACUGUCAGGAAGGGAGGCCUGGUCAUCAACCCUCAAUAUCCAUGGUUAGGGGCAUCCCCAGACGGCAUAUUAACAUGUGACUGCCAUGAAAUGGGUGUGUUGGAAGUAAAGGCACCCAGCAGUCUUGAUAAUAGCACAUUGGGGGAGAAAAGUAAACAGGACAGCACGUUCUGUCUCAAAGAGGUUGGCGGUAAACUUUUCUUAAAGAGGGACCAUCAGUACUUCUAUCAGGUGCAGACACAAAUUCAUCUGACACAAGCAAGCUACUGUGACUUUGCUGUCUGGGGACCGGGGAAAGGAGGGAAUGGGGAAAUGCACAUUGAGAGGAUUCUGCCCGAUACUGACUUUUUUGAGUCCAUGUGUGAAAAGGUUAGCAAAUUUGUGAAGAAAUGUGUCAUCCCAGAGCUUGUAGCAAAGGUGUUCACAGCUCCUAUUCUAACAUCACAUGACAAAAAAACAUCUGAAGGCAAGGGCUGUUACUGUGGGGUCCCUGUACGGCACAAUGAAGACAGACUUGAGUGUAAGUCAGGAAUCUGUAAAAGACAACUCAUUCAUAGAAGUUGCUUAAAGUUUGACACCACACAUUUAAAAAUAUCAAGUUGGAAAUGCAGUGACUGUAUACGUGAAAUAGCUUAAGAGAAGAGGGAUAACAAAAAACAGAACAAUCUGAACAAAGUGUAAGUGUUUUAUUCAACACAGGUGUGUAUAGAAAAUAUUUAGAUAGAUGUAUAUAGACAGAUAGAUA